CUUUUCCACUCAUUUUCUCUUCUCAUCUAAUAACUACGCCAGCCAGAAUGAACGACCGCCGCCGCCGCCGCCCGCUAUCGUCACCGAUAAACCACCAUACCACUGCCCAGCUCCUCAGACACGCCGCCUCCAUAUUCUUCUCCCACCUCUUUCUGUUCCUCUUCAUGUCCUCUCUCAUCUUCAUUUUUCGCUCCAACGUCCACAACGGCGCCCACUUCCUUACCUCUUUCGUCGACCGCGACCCUUCUCUCAAAUCCCUCCUCUCUCGCGUCGAUCUCUCCGCCAACCACCUUCGCCUCCAUCCCCACCGCCGUCCUUUUCUUCACCUCACUCGUGUCGGCACCCUCAAUGACGACUUCCUCUCCGGCGACCUCGAUCGCUCCCUAUUCCACCCUUCCUCCAAGAAAACCCCUAAUGCCACUUCCGUAAUUCUCUCCAAUUUCGACCCCAGGUUUGGGUUUUCGUACCCCAUUGUCGACAACGGAAUUGCCAUUCCCCAAUCCGUUCGCGCUGGGUUCGUAACCUUCAAGUCUUCAUCUGAAUCCCUAGGAAUCGAUGAUAAUUCUACAAUGCUCGUUGAUGCUCCCAAUGACAAUACACUAUUUGUUGAUUUGCAGUUCUUGGUGAAGGGUCUCGAGCUUGGCCGCCCCGAUGUCACCAAGCUGCUUUUUCUAUUGGGGCUAUUCAUAGCUGCCUACAGUUACGCGGUCUUUGCAUUCCUGGUCACAUACACUUGGGUACAUGGCAUCGUUUUUGUUCAGGUACUGGAUAAUCUGUUGGGAAAUUAUUACAAAACCCUUUUUAGGACUUCCUGGGAUGGUGCUAAUCUUGGACUCAGAAGGCUUUCCGGAUUCGUUCUAAUGAGAUGGGCAGUUAGGGAUGCAUUGUCACAGUUACUUGGAAUUUGGUCUUUUGGUGAAAUCGAAGAUCAAUAUGAGUUCUUGAAGAUCUCCAUUAGAAUGAAAUUGAUGCCAUUUUCUGAUGUAGCACCAUGGGUUAAGGGGCAUGAAAAGGAAACUCUAUGCUUUAUACUCUCAUGGUUCUUGGUUGAGUUGUUGGUGGGGUUUAUUUUUGCUGUAGAUUCAUGGAUUGCAAUUGUGGAUCCGAGAAAGAGUGGUAGGGAGGUUGUGAAAGAAGGGUGUCAUUUGUUGGGUACCUUACUGGGCCCUGCCAUUGAGAUCAAGGGUUGGGAGGCCAUGAUAUGUGGGUCGCUGACCAAAUGGAUAUUGGCAGAGAUUUUUGGGGAAGUGUAUGCAAUGGCAUUCCAGUCGGUCAUGGAAGUCUACUUUAUGAUCGCUUGGUUAGUGUUUUAUUUGGCUGCAAGGUCGAUGGAUGCCUCAUUGCUAGGGAGGACCUUUGGGCGUAGAGAGUUGGAAGGCUUUCUAGAGGGCAUAAGAUAGAAUCUAUUGCAACUGGUUAGUUCUGCAUUUGUUUGCCUCUCUCUAUGUAUAUAUUGCACUUUUGUGAAGUAUGCCAAUGGUGACAUGGUCGGGCGUUUUAUGUGCUUGGACAUUCAACUAUUUGAGCAGCAAAAGCUAAUACCAGAUUUGGUCCGUUGGAUAUACGAUAUUAGUUGAUUUGGUCAUCCAUAAUGUAAUUUGAUGAUUUGAUCCCUGAAUAAGAAUGGUGUUUUGGGAUGUUGAUGACUGCAUUGGACCCAAAUUACAUACUGGAGGAUCAAAUUGAGUCCUAUAUUUUAGUUAAUGGACAUAUAUUUCUCUCUUGUUUAGAAUCAUCAAAAUAUACCUGUGUGGACUAAAUUUGACCCAAUUUUCAUAUUCAAGGAUAAAAGAUGGUGACAAAUGUAUACAUAUACUGUUUAGUUGGUUGAUAGAUGAUAAUUGUUUUGUGUAAUUGUGUUAGGUCUUGUGAUAUUUUCAAUAGAUAUGAGGUCCAAUUUUUUUGAGAUUCUGUUUCAUAUUGAUGUGUAUUUUCAAAGUUAUGAUGUGAAUGAGUUGGAUGUUUUCAUUUA